AUGGAGGUGGCCAUGGAUGAAGUAGCCGAACGCGGCUGCUCCUUCUUGGUCGCGGGGCGUGUCGACGACUCUGGGCUUGUGCCACUGCGAACGGCAUCGGGUGGACGAUUGGCCACUGUGCCCGUGGGCUGGAUGGCGCGAGCCUUUUUGUGGGCCUUCAACGUGCGCUUGGAGUGCCCCAACCGUGACAAGAUCCAAGCCCACGAAGGCAUGAUCAUCUGUAAUCAUCUCUCCUAUGCAGAUGUGGCCGCUGUACUGGCCGUAACGCCUGUCCGCUUUUUGAGCACGGCUGGCGUACGCCGGAUUCCCAUCAUUGGAUGGCUCGCCAUCGCAAUUGAGACGAUUUUUGUUAAUCGCAAUAAGCAGGAAUCGAGGAAAAAGGCCCGCCACGAAAUUGCGCAAAAGCUGAAUAAACAGAUCUCACCACCCGUGCUGAUCUUCCCUGAGGGUGGGACUGGGCCAGGGACAUGGCUGCUGCCCUUCCGCCACGGUGCCUUUGCCAUCGCCAUGGAGAGCGGUGUCUCCAUUCUGCCAUGUGCGCUCGUCUACGAACCGCUCUCGGCUUUUCACUACUUCCAACGAAACGAUACGCUUCUCAAGGCGGUUUGGCGAUUGGCCAUGCAGCCUAGCGUCAAACGCAUCAUCUUAGAACCGCUGACGCCGCUCGAUUCCGUCGAUUAUGACGAUCCCGAACGCUUUGCCCACGAAGCCGAGCAGAUCCUGGCGGGGUCCCUUGGCCUAGAGAUCGGGAUUGACCGAGAGCGGUUUGUGUAA